UUUGUCUGCGGGAAGUGAAGCGGAGCCCGAGAUGGCCGGUAAAAGUGUAACCUGCGAUAGGGGAAGGACAUUGCGAACCUAUGGUCGCCUUCAGCCUUUGCGAAGGGUAAAGUCACAGCACUGGUUAUCUCCAGUGGAAGCCAAUCAUCUCUUCUCCAGCUCUUCUUCCUCCUCUUGCUCCCUCCUCUCCUCGUCAUGUGAGCCAUCCUGCAAUGGCGAUUCUGACUUUAAACCCUAUAGAAAAAAGAAGAGGGUUAUGUGUAAGGUUAGGAAAGUAGUUAAGAAACGCCCAGCUGUGAAAAUAAGAAAGAAAGACACAAAGUCCGAGAGCAAAAUCCAACCGAAAUCUGAUUCGGCACGAACAUCUAAUGGAUUAGAAGGAGAAACAGGGCCCUCGUUGAAAAGGAAUCCCACUGCUUCACUUGUAUUAUCAACACCAUUCCGGAGGUUUGUUACUGUUCGUCGGAAAGCACUACCUUCCAAUGUUAUGAAAACUCAAGGAUCACGGCCUACUAAAGAAAGGUUCAUUCAACCCUCUGAUUCCGCAUAUGAUUAUCAAACCUGUGGUCCAUCAUCACAGAAGAAAAGGAGACGGCGUAAAGCGAUCAGUAACAUCCUUGACUCUUCUGCAGAGAUUCUUCAAAGUCCUCUCCAUAACAGCCCAUUGCUCUCAAGCACUCCAUCUGUGGCAGUGCUGCCCAGGCUGAAGGCUAGAGACACUUUGAAAAGAUCCCUAGAUUUGCGUGAUAAUCUGGAAGAGAGUGCGAUAGUGAGUUUUGUGGAGCCAAAUGUGAAGGAUUCCUUUAUUUCAGAACAUCUCCAAGUCAGAAAACUUGACACAUGCAGGAAAACGCAUCUGCUCAGUGCUCACAAUGAAAGUAAUACAGAAAGGGACACGAGUGCCUCAAGUGAAAUCAAGAGACGAGCAGGCAAGUCAAGGCGACACUCAAAGUCCAUGAGGCUGGAAUUUGAUCACGAAGACAACACAUCCCGUAAACCAACAUCUAUACUCAUUGAUUCAAAAAUUAAGCAGUGCCGGAGAUCGUCUUCUUCUCUUCCCUUUUAUCCAUUAUCACAUUCGUCCUCCAUGCCUUCUUCCUGUCAAUCCCAAUCUCUUAUCUGUCUCGAGGAGCCACUCACACCAUGCAAUAGCCAGAAUCAUGACAGUGUAGUUUGUAUCAGCUCAGAUCUUUUUUCCAACAUGGACUCUAAACAUGAGUCCCUGGAAGCAAAUGAUAAGGAUCUGCCAGAGGACACUUGGGUGCCCUGUAAGAGGGCAUUGACUCUGGUGUUAUUUGAUAGCCCCUAUGCAGACAAUGAGACCUUACAUCCUCUAAAACAUCUACAGACUAAAAACUAUCAAGCAAAGAACAGAGUAUCGAAGUCCCCUCAAAGAUGCAUUAACCCUGCCAGGUCACCCCCUUGGGAGGCUGAUACUCUGGAAAAUGCACAGCAAUUGGAGGCCAAUACAUGCAGAGAUACACUGCAGAGCAAUACAGGAAUAAUUCAUUUAACAGACAAAGGCUUGUGCCUUAAGAAGAUGCAGCCUGUUGUGCUUCUGGAUUCAAACAUUGUUGCUAAGCAUUUUGUCAUUAAAAACGCUGUGUCUCCUUCACUGAAAACAGAGGCUGUGAUACAGGGAUCUGGGUCCACCCUGCCUGUUGACACAAUAACUAGGACACCAGUCCUUUCUGACUCCCGGGUAAAGAAUAAAAUACAGAGUUCCACUGCUACCCAGGAGGCUGUUGGCACAGGGAGGAAAGUGUGUAUAAGUGGAUUUAGUGUCAAUAGGUGGGGCACUCGUCAGAAAAAAAGAAAACCUAUCCCAGAUCUUUCUUUCCGAAAACAUGACAUACCAGUGUUGCGAUUUAGAGAGGAUGCCACAAGUUGCAGUGCCUUAUCUUCCUCCCUCCUAUACUCUACUUCACUUCUCACCUCCUCGUUCAUGAAUUCAUCAACUGCCAUGAAUUUGAGUUUGUCUCCUGAUGGAGUUCCAGAUCCCCAGAAAGAACACCAGCGUUGGCUUCGUCUUCGAGCUGCUCUGUCUCUGCACCGGAAGAAGAAAGCAAUGCUUUCCAAUCGAGCAGAAGACAAAGAUAUUCGACUGGAACUUCACACUCCAUGCAGUGUCAACUCCACAAGGGUAUCACAGCGUUCGUCCUUGUUUCUGCUGAGUCCUCGUCGUUCAUCAUGUGAGGAGCUCAGUGAUGCAGACAAGGUGUUCAUGGAGUGUGACCAGGAUGGGCCCAUUUCUUUCCUUCACUGCUUGAACAAAACUGAGCUGCGUCUCUGUCAGAAAGUAGGAGAAGGGGUAUAUGGGGAAGUAUUCAAGACCAUGAGACGGGGAAAGCAUGUGGCUUUGAAGGUCAUACCCAUUGAGGGAAAUCGGAAAGUUAAUGGAGAAGAUCAAAAAAGCUUUGGAGAAAUUCUUCCAGAAAUUAUCAUUUCUAAGGAGCUCAGUUUAUUGAGUGAAGGAGUUAAGAAUAAAACUAGUGGCUUCAUCAGCCUGCACUCGGCUCACUGUGUGCAGGGCUCCUAUCCUGCAAAGCUUCUUACAACUUGGGACAUAUAUGCAAAGGAUAAAGGAACAGAAAAUGAGCGACCUGAUUUUUUUAGCUUACAGCAGCUUUUUCUGAUAUUAGAGUUUGAAUUUGGGGGAAAUGACCUGGAAUUUAUGAGUUCCCAGCUGCCAUCCGUGUCUGUUUCCCGCAGUAUACUGCACCAGGUUACAAUUGCGCUUGCUGUGGCAGAAGAAGAGCUGAGAUUUGAGCACAGAGAUUUGCAUUGGGGAAAUCUGUUAAUAGAGAACUGUAAUGCUCAUACAUUGACUUACUCUUUGGACGGUGAAACAAUGACUAUCCCCACUUCCGGAGUCCAAGUGAAAAUAAUUGACUACACACUGUCUCGUCUUGAUAAAGACGGUCUGACUGUAUUCACAGAUCUUUCAGCAGAUGAUGAACUUUUUCUUGGGGAGGGCGAUUUGCAGUUUACUGUCUACAGAGAAAUGAAGCAAGAAAACAUGAAUAUAUGGUCCUCCUAUAAUCCAUUCUCCAAUGUCCUGUGGCUGCAUUACUUGGCUGAUAAGCUGCUCAGUGCUGUAAAGUAUGUUCAAAAACCUUCCUCGGUAGUGGACCGCAGAGAGCUCCGCAAACUUCAGGUUUUCCGCAGAGAAGUUCGGAAAUGUAGUUCUGCAACAGAGGCUCUGCGCAUGAGUAAGAUUUUUAAAUGAUGGAAAUCGCAUCGUGGAUAAUGUUUACAUUGGUGUGAGCUCAUAAACACAAUGUGUUUUGGUUUUAUAUAAAAAAAUAAACUGGAAAGUACUAUGUAUUCUAACAACUCCCUAUCAUAAUCCUUUCUCCGUUUAUUAAAUGUCUCCCGCUCUAUGCCUGUCAAUAAAUAUCUCAA